AUGACAGCCAGCGUCCAGGAUAUCGUGGUGCCCACCGCCGGCGACAGCGCCGGCGGGCGCGACGGGCGCCCCAACCAGGCGGUCACCCUCCCCGUCGCGCUCGACAGCGCGACCGGCGAGGUGCUCGUGCGCAAGGCCACCGGCAAGACCCGCGUGCGCAAGGGCCAGACAGAAGAGCAGUACUGCGAGCAGCUGCAGCAGUACUUCGAGCGUGACGGCGGUCCCGAGUGCACGGACGAGGGCUGGCUCGACCGCGCGGCGCCCGCGGCCGCCGCGCGCACCAAGCAGGAGCGCCAGCGCCUCGCCGCCGUCUACCAACGCCUCUACUUCCUCGGCCGCCGUCGCGACGCCGCCGCAGUCGCCCGCCAGCUGCUGCAGACGUACGCCGGCGCCGGCGCGCCGCCCCAGCUGGCGCGCGAGCUCGCCGAGCUCGAGCACGUGAUCGCCGCGGACCCCGCGGAGCCUUGA